CUGACCACUGAAUACUUCCCUGCUGCUGCUCCAGACAUAGACGACCAGCUACUCUACUACUCAUCUACCUAGCUACUACUCAGAUACUACCUAGCUCUCUACUCUGCUCUGCUCUCAACUCCAUGGAUACUCCCCCCGUCUGGGGCAAGCGCCAGGACAGACCUCUACGUCCCCUACUCACUGCGCUCAAGUCCAAGCAGCUCCAAUCCAGCGCGUCUCCUCCUAUACCUCCUAUACCUCCACCGUCUACUACAGCACCAACUGCCUCCAGUCUCAAGAUACCACUCGCUGACGCAUCGCUCAACACCGCACCUGCUCGUGUCCGUGCCAAGACGGCAGAACCAGGACACUCUCUUCCUGCACCGACGGCAGUGCCCCUCAAGCGCGCCGUUACGCCUGCCUCUGUACAGCGUCCAGCAUCACAGCACACCCAGCCAGACGAUGCAUGGCGCACAGAUGCCUGGCAGGAUACAACACCAGCUGCAUCGCUUGCAACACCUCAAUCACCGCCCAAACGCACAUACUCCGCCGUGCCCAUGACGCCAACCUCCCAUAAACGCACCAAGAAGCGUGAGUGUCCAGAGACAAUUGUGAUUCAAGAGAUGCGCACGCUACGGGAAGAGAAUACACGUCUCCAGACAACCUUGUCGAUGCAGGUGGCUAUGCAAGAGGCAGGAAGGCUAGAAUUGGCGGGUGUACGAGCACAGCUCCUUGAAUCAACUAAAGACAAAGCAUCGCUACAGGAACAGGUCGUCGUGCUUCAAAACAAGGCAGGCGCGGGACAAGAGGUGGUCAAGCAUUUGAAGGAACGUCUUGCACAGCUGUCUGCAUCAUUGGAUCCAAGUCUGUUGCAGGCAUUACAUGCACAAUUGACGCAGCAAAAGGAAGAAACGAUACAGCUGCGAGAAAAUGUGGUGACGUUGCGAAGUGAGCUGACCCAAGCAUCAACGUGCUUGCAUGCUACUCAACACCAAGCUGAGCUGCAGCAGCGAACCCUGCGCGAGGCAUUACAGACAGUCCGCCAGCAAGCGGAUGAGCUGAAUCAACUCCAGACAAUACGAGACGAGCAUGUACAUCAUCUCCAAGCGGAGCAGGCUGCAGCUGCUCUCCUUUCUGACAAGUACGCACAACUACAGCAAAAGUUGAUGGACCGCGAGGAAGAGCAUAGCCGUGUCCUUGCUCAAAAGAAUGCGAGUAUAUUUGAGGCAGACAGUGUCAUGACUGCUCUUGCAGCCCUGCAAGAAGGUCAAGCGAUGCAAGCACAGCAACAUGCCAAUGAGAAAGACUUUGCACGGCAGAUUCAGAUGCACACGGAUGCGCUUGCUCGAGCAAAUGAGCAGCUCAAGCAACAAGAGCAGUUGGCAGCAGAGCAGCUUGCACAACAAGCAAAAGCAUUUCAAGAGCAAUCUGCACAGCUCAAUAAAGAAGUAUCUGCUCUGCAGGAGCAAGUACAACAGCUACAACAAGAGCAGCAGCUUCGACUGACGCAAGAAAAAGAAAUCUGGCAGCAUGCGCGUGAUGUGGAAGUGAUGCGUUUGGAGAAUCACAUCAAGCAAACAGAUUUGACGAUAGACAAGCUGGAAAAGUCACUACAACACAAGGAGGCUGUGAUACAAAGCAAGGAGCAUGAUUUGAUGGCCCUUGAGAACCUUGCCAAGCAGCAUGAAACACGGCUCGCCAAGCUCACGAAGGAGCUUGAAGCACGAGACAAGCAAGCCAAAAAGCCACGCGACGUCGUUCCUGAAACACAAGAAAUCUCGUCUGAUCACAGUAUGCGCAAGGUGGUGUUUUCCUUUGAUGAAGCAGAGGCAAAGCCACGCCGUGUUGGCUACAAGAAACGCAAGUAGACUACAACACCAAUGCAUUUUGAUGCUUCUGCAACUUGUUGAGGAGCUUGUCCCCCUCGCGAAUGACUU